AUGGAGGGAGCGGGGAAGAGAGAGGCGGGCGACGGCGAGGGGGAAGCGGAGCGCGAGGAGGAGGAAGAAGGCAAAGCUGCCGCCACGGAGGAAGAAGAAGAGGCGCCCCCCGACUCGCCCCCUUUCUUCCUUCUCUACCCGGCCGUGGAGCAGUGGGGGCCCGUAGCGCGGGUACGGAAGCCCCAAAACCCCCGGGGAACCGGAGCUCUUCAGCUCCCGUCUGACAUGGCCGGCGCUAAACCGGAAGUCUCAGGGCAGCCAGUUUGUUUCAUGGCCCUGGUGCUUGCCCUGGCCUGGCCUGCUGUGGAUCCGAGCCUCUUCCCCAAAGAGUCAGCAAGGAUAGAGAACAAAGAUCUGGAAGCCAAGAUCCACCCACUCAAGAACGAUGAGGGCAAAGGUCCCGAGGGCCUGGCCAACUGCACUCAGAAGGAAGCGGCCCCUAAGAAGCUCAAGUGGCUCUCACGAUGGCACAGGGCAGCCUUCUUCCUCUCCCUCUUCCUGUGCCUCACAGUGGUGUUUGCCUUUUCCUUAUGUCCUGCAAGGCCCGUUUCCCAAAGGAUGUGGAGCAGAACCUACGAGGAUGCAGCAACCUACGCGUUCCUGGCUGUGCGGGAUGUCAACAGGGACCGGGUCCAGGGUGUCUUCUUUGCCUUCAAGGCUACAAGUGCCAGCAGCAACAGCACAAACAGCUCUUGCUCCAGCCAAGGCUUGGCCUCCCCCUGUGCCUUCCUGGCCACUCAUUCAGGCACCAACGGCAGCAUGCUCUGGCAGAGGCCUGUCGUCCAAGAGCUCCUGCUGAUGGACUGCUCUGGGGAGCAUGAGCACACCCCAGCCUGCCUCAUUGUAUGGGAGCCGGACAUCCUGGCAGCCAUCGACUUGGAGACAGGCCAGACUCUGUGGAGGGAGACUGCCAACUUCAGGCCUAAUUUGACAGUGCUGAGUCCAUUGCUGAAGAUCCCAGAUGUCAAUGGAGACGGCACUUCUAACCUUUUGGUCUUCGCUGAGACAGGAGAGGAGAUUCAAGCCCACUUCUAUUCAGGGAAACAUGGCACCCAGAUUGGAUCUGUUGGGACCUUGCAUCUUCUAGGAAGAGUUCCAGGAAGAGUCGGCCACCUCGUGCAAGUCAUUCCAACGAGCUCCCACUAUGUGCUCCUGUACACAGCAAAGGCCCUUUAUGCCUACUCUCUGAAAGCGCUAUUCCAGAUGGUGUUCAACUCUCCUGCCCACAGCGGCUUUGGUCUGACACAAGAUCCACUCUGGGAGAUGGCGAUCAACAACGCUACGCACCAAAUCACCUUGCUCAGCAUGGAAGAAAUCCGCUACCUGACAAAGAUGCCUGUGACUUCGAGCGCCAAUUUUCUGGUUGAGCCACCUCCCUCCUGCCGUCCGUCCCCUUCUCCCUCCUUCCCUCCGUGUCUGGCGUGCUGCACAAUGGUGGCUCCUGGCCCGCAGCAGGGUCCCCCACCCGGCUUCCUGGAGGCCCUGCGGGCCCCCAACGCUCCAUGUCGGCGGCUUCUCCCGACCCGGAACCACUUCAGCCCAGGCGUGGCCGUGUUCCUCGCGGCAGGGAGGUUCGCGACAGGCCGUUGGUGA